GAGGCUUUUUAUCACCACAGUUACAUCCCGUUCACCGACCCAAACAACAACAACAACAACAACAACAACAUCAACGACGACGACGACAGUUGCUUUCGUCUCCGCGAUUGUUGAGAGGGGACGCAUGCGCGCUAGUCGGACCCUGCCCGCAUCCCGCGGGGGUUGGCGCAUGCGUCGUCGGUGCCGGACGUGGGGCGGCGGGGCCGGCGGCAGCUUCCUGUCAGUUGUCCGCUCUCGAAUGUUUGUGAGUCGCCAGCGGAUCCGCCGUUUGAAUCGGAUGGGAACGCGAGGCGCGGCCGGCAACGAUGCUGCGGUCGGCUGGCAUUCCGGGAUCUGAGGAGUUGUACCACAGUGAAAAUGAAAUAAUGAUUCCAGUGUUGUCUUCAAGGAGGGCAAGUGAACUACCUGUGGAUGAAGUUGCUAGUAUUUUGCAGGGUGACCUUCAUAAUGGGCUAAAGAAUAGUGAAAUUUCUCGCCGGCGGGCAUACCAUGGAUGGAAUGAAUUUGAAAUCAAUGAAGAUGAACCUCUUUGGAAAAAAUAUAUUUCUCAGUUUAAAAAUCCUCUUAUUAUGUUGCUUCUGGCUUCUGCUGUUAUCAGUGUCCUAAUGCAACAGCUGGAUGAUGCAGUGAGCAUUACAGUGGCUAUUCUAAUUGUGGUUACAGUGGCAUUUGUGCAGGAAUAUCGGUCGGAAAAAUCCCUUGAAGAGCUAAGCAAAUUGGUUCCCCCAGAAUGCCACUGUGUAAGGGAAGGAAGGGUGGAACACUUGCUUGCCCGAGAACUGGUUCCAGGCGACACUGUUUGCUUGACUGUUGGUGAUAAAGUCCCUGCUGACCUGCGUUUGUUUGAGGUUGUGGAUGUAUCCAUUGAUGAGUCGAGCCUCACAGGAGAGACCUCCCCAUGUUCAAAGUCAACAUCUCCGCAGCCAACAGCUACUAAUGGAGACCUGACAUCCCGAAAUAAUAUUGCUUUCAUGGGCACAUUGGUUAGAUGUGGUAGGGCGAAGGGCAUUGUUAUAGGAACAGGAGAGAACUCUGAAUUUGGAGAGGUUUUUAAAAUGAUGCAGGCUGAAGAAGCACCAAAAACACCAUUACAGAAAAGUAUGGAUCUUUUAGGAAAACAGCUUUCGUUCUAUUCCUUUGGUAUUAUUGGUGUUAUCAUGCUGGUUGGCUGGCUACAGGGAAAGCACAUUCUUGAUAUGUUCACCAUCGGUGUGAGCUUGGCUGUUGCUGCUAUUCCAGAGGGGUUGCCCAUAGUUGUGACUGUAACCUUGGCUCUUGGUGUGAUGAGAAUGGUAAAGAAGAGAGCGAUUGUGAAGAAACUCCCAAUUGUGGAAACUCUGGGUUGUUGUAAUGUUAUAUGCUCUGAUAAAACUGGGACAUUAACAAAGAAUGAAAUGACAGUGACUCACAUUUAUACGUCAGAUGGGCAACAUGCUGAGGUUACUGGUGUUGGCUAUAAUAGGCAUGGAGAAGUAGUGAUGAAUGGUGAGGUGGUUCAUGGCUUCUCCAAGUCACCGAUAAGCAAAAUUGUGGAGGCUGGCUGUGUAUGUAAUGAUGCUGUUAUUCGAAAUGAUGCAUUAAUGGGGCAACCUACUGAGGGAGCUUUGAUUGCACUGGCAAUGAAGAUGGGACUGGAAGGUCUCCAGCGAGAUUACCUAAGACGAGCUGAAUAUCCAUUUACCUCGGAGCAGAAGUGGAUGGCUGUCAAGUGUGUGCACAGAGCUCAGCAGGAUAAAGCAGAGACUUAUUUUAUGAAAGGAGCUUACGAACAAGUAAUUCGAUUUUGCUCUAGCUACAGUAGCCACUCGCAAAUUCUGCAACUCACCCAGCAACAAAAGGAGUUGUAUCAGCAAGAAGAAACUUACAUGGCUACUGCUGGACUCCGAGUACUCGCUUUAGCCUCCGGACCUGAGCUUGGACAACUUACAUUCCUGGGGCUGGUGGGAAUGAUUGAUCCACCAAAGUCUGGUGUAAAGGAAGCAGUCGCCACACUGAUUAAUGCAGGAGUUGUCAUCAAAAUGGUCACUGGAGAUUCACAAGAGACAGCAGUUGCCAUAGCCACCCGCUUGGGUUUAUAUUCCAAGGGAUCCCAAACAAUCUCAGGAGAAGAACUAGAUUCACUGGAUGUUCAACAGCUUUCACAAAUAGUGCCAAAGGUCGCAGUAUUUUACAGAUCCAGCCCCAGGCACAAGCUUAAGAUUAUAAAGUCCCUCCAGAACAAUGGUGCAGUGGUGGCGAUGACUGGGGAUGGAGUGAAUGAUGCUGUUGCUUUGAAGGCUGCUGAUAUCGGGGUAGCUAUGGGGCAGACAGGAACUGAUGUCUGCAAGGAAGCAGCUGACAUGAUCCUUGUAGAUGACGACUUUAAGACAAUAAUGUCAGCAAUUGAAGAGGGUAAAGGGAUUUACAACAAUAUCAAAAACUUUGUUAGAUUCCAACUCAGCACGAGUAUAGCUGCUCUAACAUUGAUUUCUCUUGCCACAUUGAUGAACUUUCCCAAUCCACUGAAUGCAAUGCAGAUUUUAUGGAUCAACAUAAUUAUGGAUGGACCACCAGCACAGAGCCUGGGAGUAGAACCUGUCGAUAAAGACGUCAUCAGGCAGCCACCAAGAAAUGUAAAGGACAGCAUUCUGACCAGAAGCCUAAUUGUUAAAAUUCUGGUUUCAUCGCUGAUUAUUGUCUCUGGGACAUUGUUUGUUUUCUGGAGAGAGUUACAGGAUAAUGUAAUAACUCCUCGAGACACAACAAUGACCUUUACCUGCUUUGUUUUCUUUGACAUGUUCAAUGCAUGGAGUUCCAGGUCGCAGACAAAAUCUGUCUUUGAGAUUGGGUUAUGCAGUAAUCGAAUGUUCUGUUAUGCUGUUCUUGGGUCCAUCAUGGGACAGCUGCUGGUAAUUUACUUCCCUCCACUGCAGAAGGUUUUCCAGACUGAAAGCCUCAGUAUACUAGAUCUCCUUUUCCUGGUGGGGCUUACUUCCUCAGUUUGCAUAGUGUCUGAGAUCAUCAAGACUUUGGAGAGACGAAAAGAGAAAAAUCCAAAACGAAGUAAAUCCUUUUUAGAUGUAUGACGCACAUUGUAUCAUGGAAUUUUACAAGCUGGUUACGAGAUACCUAAUGACAUCAGAUUGUGUUGAAGGUUGAACUUUGAAUUGACAUUUAAUGGCACUCAUAAUUUAGAAGGACUGAAAAAAUAUGAUGAAAAUAAGGACUAUGAAGUAUCUCUCAAUCUACAUCUGUUGGGAUAGCACAGUGCAAACAACUUGCAGAAUUUUUCCCUGCAGUGUGAUUUGCUGCUUAAAAUGUACAUAACAGUUUCCUUUCUGUAUAGGAAAGAUUCUCUGCAAAGGUGUGGUGUAGAGUCUGCAGUACACUGGAUAGAAUGAAAUCCUUUUUCCUAAUUUCAAUCAUAUUAUUUAUCAAUAAAUAGUAUGUUAUUUUAUAUGGUGGUGUGGAUUUCAGUGGCAUAAAUUAGGUGUUCAUAUGCAUUUGGCAUUCCAUUUAUUCCAAAAUUUAAGCCACAAGAAGUAAAAUGUCUGCAGCCAUUUUAUUUUCUUAAUAUAAAAUAAUGUUGACAAUUAACUAGCUGAUGUGCUUUUGUGUUUGUUUGUGUUUUAUAAACAUUGGAGGUCUUGACCACUAUGGAAACCAUGGUUUGAAAUGUAGAGGCUGUAUCACAAGUGUAUAUAUUGUAUUUUAACAGAAAAAAUGCAAAUGUGUACAGUUCAGUGUCGAAUGAAGUUUCCGUAUGCUUGAGCAUCUGUGAUCAGAAAUGAUGACAGUCUGUAAAAUAAUACUGGCCUGCAUUUUUGUUUUUUUUUAAAUCCAUGUAUCCUGUUUUUAGUAAUUGAAUGCAUUGAUUGUGUGAACUGUGAUGACAAAUUAUCAUUAUUUCUAAGACAUGGCAAUUGCAAUGAUGCUGGGAAAUGUAGGUAGUGAAUUUUUCUUCAUGUAUUUGGGUGAAGGAUGCCGUUUUUAAGGCUACAUCUGUGAUGGAAAUGUACAGUAUUGGAAAAAUAUGGUUUGUAAUUAAAUGAUCUUUGUAAGACUUGUUUUCCUGGCAUACUUUAAAAUAACCUAGCAGUGAAAGCCUAACAUCAACGGAUA